AUGGCACCUUCGUCGGCUUCCACCACCACCCAGGCCCCCGAGCUGCGGAAGACGAUCCGUCUGAACGGCAAGGGCGGCGGAGAUGUCCAAGACAAGCCCUCGGAGCUCCAGCGAGAUCCCGUCGAGGUCACGUAUCGCGACUUCUUCUGGACCUAUACCGAGGAGCCCCAUCGGACGAGGCGCCUGGCAAUCAUCAAGGCACAUCCCGAGGUAACUAAGCUCUGCGGUCCCGAGCCCCUCACCAAGUACGUCGUCCUCGCCGUCGUUUCCAUACAGGUCUUGUGCGCCUACGUGCUCCGCGACACGCCCUUCUUCUCGGUGCCGUUCUGGCUCCUCGCGUACGUCGUCGGCGCCACCGCCAACCAGAACCUGUUCCUCGCCAUCCACGAGAUCAGCCACAACCUGGCCUUCCGCUCGCCCACGGCGAACCGGCUCUUCGCCAUCGUCGCCAACUUGCCCAUCGGCAUCCCCUACAGCGCCUCCUUCCGCCCCUACCACCUGACGCACCACAAGUCCCUCGGCGUCGACGGGCUCGACACCGACCUCCCCACCGCCCUCGAGGCCAUCUUCCUCGACUCCAUCCUCGGCAAGGCCUUCUUCUGCACCUUCCAGAUCUUCUUCUACGCCGUCCGCCCCAUGUGCGUCUACCGCGUCCCCUUCACCUGGGUCUCCGCCGCCAACGUCGUCGGCCAGUUCGCCUUCGACCUCGUCAUCCUCCGGACCCUCGGCACCCAGGCCAUGCUGUACCUCCUGCUCUCCUCCUUCCUCGCCGGCAGCCUGCACCCGCUCGCCGGCCACUUCAUCGCCGAGCACUACGUCUACGAGACCGUCACCCCGGCCCAGGCCGACCCGAGCAACCGGCUCCCGGUCCCGGAGACAUACUCGUACUACGGCCCGCUCAACUUCCUCACCUACAACGUCGGCCUCCACAACGAGCACCACGACUUCCCCGCCGUCCCCUGGACGAGGCUGCACCGGCUCAACAAGAUCGCGAACGAGUUCUACGCCGACCUCCCCUAUCACAGGAGCUGGACCUACGUCAUAUGGCGCUUCAUCUUCGACGAGAACGUCGGUAUCCGGUGCCGCGUGAAACGCAAGGAGGGCGGCCGGUUCGUAGGCCAGAAGGCUGACUGGAAGCAGAGUGAGAUCGAGGCUUGA